AUGAAGGUCAUCAUAGUUAGUGAUGAGCUGCCGAUAUUUGCGUCUCACACAGAUGCAGACAUAGCAAUCAAGCAGUCUAUGUCUGAAAUACUGAAGAACAUUCCGCAUAGGGACAAGUCCAGCAAAAUACAGAUUGAGUUUUCCGAGGUAAGCGCCGACUCAAUCCGUAUGUUUGCAAAGCCGCACUUUAUGUCGGUCGAUAUGCUAGAUGAUCAUGACUUGUGGUUUGUGGGCCGCCUUGGGCUUUCGAACCACCGAUGCUUUACAGAGGAUGAGCUCUCAGUGAUCGGAAAUGCGAUGAAAAGGUACAAAUGCUACCCUGUGUUUGAAGAUCAAGCGUAUUAUUCAGAUCUGAUACGAAGGACUCUUGAAGGGCAUACAUAUGAUCUUGUGCAGAAGAGCCUUGACCAUGCAUUGCUGUUUGAUCAGUAUGUGGAUUACAAUUCGAAGUGCUGCGAAAAAGUGAUGGAGAUCUAUGAAGAAGGCGAUGUAGUGUGGAUACAGGACAUUGGCUUGCUUCUUCUUCCUGAGAUGAUGAAGGAUGUGCCUGUAGGAAUAUCUUUUGCAAAUCCCUUUUCAUCGCUUUUCAGGUGUAUCCCGUUUUGGGAGCGGCUCUUGUUGUCUAUGCUGUGCAGCAAAUACAUUGAGUUCAAUAAUAAGGAGUCGAAGGCAUGCUUUGAUCUUCUAGUCUCACAGAAGGCUGGAUUUGUUGCAGGAAACCCCGAAUACAAGGAUCUGAGUCUGCCGUUGGUUAGAGUUGGAAGGCGUGGGCUCGACAAGGAUGCGGUUCUUGAGUGCCUGCCAACGGUAUCUGAUGGAGAGUGCCAAUCUAAUAAGCGAGAAAAGAUGAUUGUUGUUCCGUCUGAUUCUCAAGCACAUCUUCUUGGGAUUGAAUCGUACCUUUCAUGCCAUAAAGAAGAAGUCACUGUUGUUUUUCUGAGCAUACGGCCUGUUAAGCUCGAUGGAUUGACCGAGGUCAUGAGACUUGGGCAGUAUCUUGAGGUGAACUACAAUGUGACUAGAAGAGUUUUUGUGCCAACAAGCGAUCUUGAGCUUUUGUCGCUGCUGAAGGCCUGUGAUGUGUGCUAUUGCCCAGAAGUUGCUGAUUUGUGCUUGUUCCUGGGUGUUCCUGUUAUUCAGAGUAAUGUGUAUGAUUUCAUGCAGGUUGCCAGAGAAAUCAGAGAGAAGAUCAAUGGCGAAACAGAUGAAGAGCGGAGAGAUCUGCACAUGUGCAAUGACAUUCCCUCGAAGAUGGAGUGGAAAGAGCACUUCAUAAGGAAUCUGUUGUAUGCAUCAGGCAUUAACUAUGUGAUUGAUUUGAAUCCGAAGGAUCUGAAAGUACGGCGGUCGUUGGAGAUGGUACAACAAGCAGAUAUUCCUGUGGGCAAGAGCUGCUCCAGAAACAGAGGAGAAAUGCAGCAUGCAACAAGCAUAAAUCCUGACGAUGAUGAUGAUUCCGUCAUUAUAAAAAUGAUAAACGAUUUCAAGAGCAGUAGGACAAAGACAUUGGUGCUGGAUUACGAUGGAACUAUUACUGACAUUGUUGCGUAUCCUCCGAUGGCCGCACCCACACAGGAAAUAAAAGAACUGUUGGUAAACCUUAGCAAGGUGUGCAGAGUGGUGAUAUCCACUGGAAGAAGUACUGAAGAUUCUGAUCUUUUUUUCCCGAAGGAACUCGAGGUGUUUGCAGAGCAUGGAGCAUGCCACAGAGUAGACGGACAGUGGAGGCAGCGAGUGUCGUUUCCACAGAAGGAGCUUGCAUUCAAAAUAGCACAAUUUUUCUUGCAGCGAACGCCUGGGUCUGAGCUUGAAAGCAAGAAGACAGGAUAUGCAUUCCAUUACCGAAAUGUCUCUCCCCUAAUUGGUGUAAAGCAAGCCAAGGCACUCUUCUCGUUGCUUAAGCAGGCAUUUGGAGACUGCGUCAAGGAAGGAAACCACAUAGUUGAGAUUAGAAACGGAAAAAAGUCAUUUGCAAUGGAGACUGUUGAGGACGGAUUUAUUCUAUGUGUCGGAGACGAUGUUGCAGAUGAAGAAAUGUUUGAAGUGUGUAAAGGAUACACAGUAAAAGUCGGGAAAGACAAAGACGACUUACAGACAUUAUCUGCUGCAUAUGAGAUUACAAAUCCAAAGAGCUUUAGAAAACUUCUUCAACGAUUUCUUGAGUGA